GGCUGUUGCUGAGAGGGGACUUCAGGGAGCAGUGGCAGAGCUCAGGGAAGGAAGUGGAGGAUGACUCAGCAGGGAGCUGUUCUUCAGGGUUAUAAUAACGAGCUAGUGAAAUGCAUUGAAGACUUGUGUAUGCAAAAAGAAGAGCUGAACAAACAAAUUCAGCAAGCAGAAGAGGAAAAAAAUAAGCUUCAGCACGAAAUCGAAGUCCUGAGUGAACAACUGGAGUGUGUAUGUGAAAACCUGGACCAAAAGGUAGCUUCACGGAAUGAGCUUGAUAAAAUUCUUGCUGAAACUGAAGCUGCUUACAUGAAGAUUUUGGAUAGUUCUAGAACUUUGCUUAAUGUCCUAAAGAAGGAAGUGGGAAGCUUAAAGCAUACACCAGAACUGAAAACCAGUGUAACAUGAAACAGUCAAAUGUUUGGACUCCACAGUGCUAAAAUUCCAUUAGGUGAGAAAUGUGGUUAGCCACAGAACCUUACAAUGACAGUAUAAGCGGGGGGGGGGUUUCUUCCAACCUUUCUGUAUGUUUUUUUUAUUAUUUUUAAAUGCACUAGAAAACAGAUGAAAUAAAGUUGCUG